UGCAAUACUUCAGUGGUUUAAUAGAUUAUCAUUAUCUAUAAUAGAUUAGCGAUGUGUGAGAAUGUUUAUGAUGAUGUGAAAAACUUUGAGGAGUUGAACAGUAGAGAGCAAGCAGAGAUGGCUGUGAAUAUCUUUGCGAAUGCAGAAGCUAUUAGAAGUUACAAUGCCAACACUGGUAUGGAGAACGGCAACACAAUGAGGAACCUACAAGUUCGACACACAGUUACAGGAACCAACUGGAAUAAAUUUUACGCACUGACUUCAGUGUGUGUGCUGCUGCUGUUUGUUCUCCUGCUGACUACCAUCACAGUGCUGUUGAUCAAAUUCAACACCCUGAAUGUAGAAAACAACCAGCUACAGACCAGCUACGACAACCUGACUAUAGAGAAAUACCAGUUACAGAAACAAAGAGAUACAUUUCAGAAUAGGUUGACCAGUGUGGGAUGGAUAUUAUUUCACUCCAGCCUUUACUACAUCUCCAGUGAGAGGAAGACCUGGACUGAGAGCAGACAGGACUGCAGAGGGAGAGGAGCAGACCUGGUGAUCAUAAACAGCAACGAGGAGCAGGAGUUUGUGGAUAAUUUGAGCAAGAGCAAGAAACCUGGCAUUUAUAUUGGUCUGACUGACCUUGAAAAUGAAGGAGUGUUUAAAUGGGUGGAUGGAACAUCACUGACCACUGCGUACUGGUCAUCUGGAAAUGUUUUUUCAGAAAACCAGGACUGUGUGGUAAACAGGUUUAAUGGAAGUUUUGGGUGGUUUGACCGACCAUGCACAGAAACUUACUACUGGAUCUGUGAAUAACUCGUCUCCAGUAACAUUAAAAGACCAUCAUUACAAUUACACACAUACACAUACAAUUUAUAUUUAAAUAAAAAUUUAUAUUUUUAACAAAGCCACAUGUAACAAUUAUUGGCAU